AGAAAGCUGUCUAAUGGUUAAAAUAGAGGAGUGAGUCAGGAUGCCUGGGUUCUGUUCCUAGUGCUGCUACUGACUGUGUGAACAUGGCAGGGUGUUCGUUUGUGCCUCUGCCUUAAUUUCAUCCUCUGUGAAAUGGGUGUAAGCAUGCUCACCCAAAGCACCUUGCGAUCCUUGGAUAAUUGGUUCUGUAUAAAAGCAAAGAAUUGCUAAUCCAUUAAUGUUUGCAAAGUCCUUGGAACUGCUGGGAGUCGCACAAAACACAUUUCUGGUCUUGAUUAAGGAGGGGGAUGUGAAAAAUCAGGACAGGGGGUGGGGGGUAAUAGGAGCCUAUAUAAGAAAAAGACCCAAAAAUCAGGACAGUUCCCCUGUUCUCAGAUGCUCCUGAGUUUGUUGACUUCCCAGAGCUGGGAGGGAGCAAGGCCUAGAUCCUCAAAGGUAUUUAGGUGCCUAACCCAAAAUCUGGAGGGGUGUUUUAGUUUGAUCCCAGCAGUGAGCCUAGUAGAUGGAGAGGGACCCUCCAGUUGGAAAGAGGUUCUCUGGCUGUGGGCUUCUCUCUCCGUGAGUAGCUGAGAGCACGAUGGGAAGCUACAGCUGGUUUUACAGUUCAAGUGUUCUCAGCCUGAGAGGGUUGUGAAUGGGUGUCAAACAGCUGCAUUCGUACCUCCCUAAUUGAGAGUGGGGUCCCAGCUAGGACAGGGUAGGGGGCCCUGGCAAGGAAAAAGUUAUCAACUUGUCAUGGUUAUAACCAUGCAUCUGUCCAAGUAAUGAGAGCUCAGGAGUGACUCUGUUUGAAUGAGAUUGAUCAGGGUCAGAUUAAGGCAUAACCAUUAUCAGCCCUGACUAGAGCCCUGGCUCCUGGAGUCAUGUGAUUACCAAAGAAUGGUUUUGUUUGUUUUUAUUUGUUGUUAAAGAUUUGAGUCCUUGAGAAGAAAAGAUUGGAACUGUGACUUGAAUGUAAGCAACGCAGAAACAUCUGCCUGAGUCUGCAGAGAGCCUGAGACCAUUCUCUGAAAUAGGGGGGGAGUUGCACCAUGCAUCUCAAAGGGGUGUUAGCCCCCAAACCUGCUGCUGUGGAGGUCCCCUAUGAAGAUCAUUCCAGUAAAGGACCCUGCAUGUAGCAAGAGGGGAAGCGUGCAGUAGGCCCAGUUCCUCCGCCCCCAUCCAAAUAAGGACACCAGCCCCACACCAUCUCCUUGCCCCCUUCGCUCCCCUGCAUCUUGGGGGGGAAAGGUGGCAUGAAGACCCUGGAAUGGGAAUUGUGGACUUCUGUGAACUCUGCACCCAAGGGGCGAUGCUGGGAAGAGGACUGUGGCCCAGGAAGGGCGAAGGGCUUGUGUUGUUUUGUUUUGAUUCUCGCUUACCCUGGAAGAGGAGGGAGGACACUUGUUGGCAUGGUGACUGUGGAGAGCUACACUGGAUUUUCUACCCAACUGCUGACGGAAAACUGAGGCAUGGCCCAAGUUAAACUGAGGAACAGACUCACUGGAUGCCAGGCCAGGUCGGCUGGGAGAGGAGCCAAAGCCAGGGACACUGCACUGGCUGGAACUGACUCUGCCACAGCUGUGUAGAGCCAUUUCUUGCAGCUGGCUUCAAGUUGAUCAGAGUCCAGCACCCACCGCUGCCUCCCUGAGAGGAGAGAUGCUGGAGGGAGCAGAAGCAGAUCCCCCUGAACAGCCUCUUAACAGCUCCAUAGACGUGGAGAAUGGAGGAAAACCAGAUGAUCCAGCUAACGGCAACUUCAGGAAAGCUGCUUUAUCUAAAGACCGAGCUGCAUUCAUUGCCAUUGUCGGGGUCUUGGUGGUGAUCAUCAUUGCUUUGGCAGCAACUUUGGGAGUGGAAAAAUCUAAGCGCUCUUCUCAAUUCCCCCCUGCUGCCUCCUGGUGCCCGGAUGGCUGGAUCCGGAUCCAAGGGAAAUGUUACUAUUUUUCUAAGGCCGAAGGGAACUGGACCUACAGCCAGAGCUUCUGCUCGUCACACGCUGCCUCCCUGGCCGGGAUUGAGAGUCCGCAGGAGCUGGGUUCCCUGCUGCCAUACAAAGGCAAACUGGACCACUGGAUCGGCCUCCGGAAGGACACAGGCCAGGUCUGGAAGUGGGUCAACGGGACCGAGUUUGACCAUCGGUUUCAAAUACACGGAGGAGCAGACUGUGCGUACCUGGACGAAGACCUCAGAGCCAGCAGCUCCAGCUGCAGCACACAGAGGAAACAGCUCUGCAGUAGACCUGAUGCCCCUAUGUAGGAAGAGGAGUGUGUAGUGGGAGGGGACUUGAAACCUCAAGGGAAUUGGAGACCAGAUGUGGCAAAGGCUGAUUCUCAUCCCCUCCAUGGCCCUACACGCUACAGUCUAGUUCUUGUUUCUUAGUCUGCCUCCAGGGUGUUUGUCCAGUCCUAGUUGUCAGUUACCCUAGUGCUUGGAUUGUGCAACCGAAUGACACUAGCCAAUAUCUCCAGUCCCAGACACAACCCUAGGAACCUCUGUCUUGCAGUGUCCAGUUAUGCCUGCUAGACACUGCAAGCGUAUAUGAGUUUGUCAAUUUAACAAAACAAUUGAUAUUCAUAGAUUCUUAGAUUCUAGGAUUGGAAGGGACCUCGAGAGGUCAUAGAGUCCAGUCCCCUGCCCUCGUGGCCUGACCAAAUACUGUCUAGACCAUCCCGGAUAGACAUUUAUCU